GACUAAACAAUAUUUUGAUGUCUUGGGGACAUGAUGAAUAUUUAUACAGAGUUUUAGUACAUAAUAAAACAACAAUACCUAAAGUAGGACUAAAUAUGAUUAGAUUUCAUUCAUUUUACCCAUGGCACUCAGGUGGUGACUAUGAUUAUUUAUGCAAUGAAGAUGAUUUGGAAAUGAAGAAAUGGGUCUUAGAAUUUAAUAAGUUUGAUUUAUAUACUAAAGGAGGUGUCAUACCAGAUGUAAAAGAAUUGAAGCCAUAUUAUCAAUCAUUGAUCGAUAAAUACAUUCCAGGAUUACUUAAGUGGUAAAUGUAAAAAUUAAAAUGGUGUUGAUAAAAAGUUUAAAAAUAAUA